AAGUCUGGAAAGCAAACGCGUCUCAGAAAGCAACCAAAUUGUUCUCUCGCUCUCUCUCUCUGUCUGACCUUUGCCUUUUGAAAUUAGGGUUUCGAAUUCGAGAAUCUCUCGACUGUAACCCAAAUCGCAAUCCCGAUUGCCGACCAAGAUCAUUCUUGAGGGAUCCGAAUCGAACGAGAAGGCCCUAGCUCGGGUUGCGAAGCAAUGGCGGUGGCGACGAUGGUUAGCUCGGCCGGGGGUUUGCUGGCGAUGCUGAACGAGAACCACCCGCGGCUGAAGCUCCACGCCCUCUCUAACCUCAACAAGUGCGUCGACUACUACUGGCCCGAGAUCUCCACCAGCGUCCCCAUGAUAGAGAGUCUUUACGAAGAUGAAGAGUUUGAUCAGCAUCAGAGGCAACUUGCUGCACUGCUCGUCUCAAAGGUUUUCUACUAUUUGGGUGAACUUAAUGAUUCACUAUCUUAUGCACUUGGAGCUGGUUCUCUGUUUGACGUUUCGGAAGACUCUGAUUAUGUUCACACUUUGCUAUCCAAAGCUAUUGAUGAAUAUGCAAGCCUUAAGACUAAGGCGGCAGAAUCGAAUAAUGAAGCAGUUGAAGUGGAUCAUAGGCUGGAGGCUAUAGUGGAGAGAAUGCUUGAUAAGUGUAUCAAUGAUGGAAAGUACCAACAAGCCAUGGGUAUCGCAAUUGAAUGCCGAAGGUUGGAUAAACUAGAGGAAGCGGUUACAAGGAGUGAUAAUGUGCAUGGAUCUCUCUCUUAUUGUAUCAAUAUCUCACAUUCCUUCGUUUAUCGUAGAGAAUAUCGUCAUGAGGUUCUUCGUCUUCUUGUGAACGUGUAUCAAAAGCUGCCUUCUCCCGACUAUUUGAGCAUUUGCCAGUGCCUAAUGUUCUUGGAUGAGCCUGAGGAAGUUGCACGGAUAUUGGAAAAGCUCCUGAGAUCUAAUAAGGAUGAUGCUUUGCUCGCGUUUCAAAUAGCCUUUGAUCUUGUGGAGAAUGAGCACCAAGCUUUUCUGUUAAAUGUAAGAGAUCGUCUGUCAGUUUCGACAUCUCGCUCUCAGGAAUCUGGGCAACCAGGACAUAACGAAGCUGAUGCUGCUCAAAAUGAAAGUCCUGCUGCAUCAGAGGAUGUUGCCAUGACUGAGGGGACUCAUACUUCUGAUGGUACUGUUCAACAAGUUGAUCAAAGUGAAGGCAUAUAUGCUGAGAGUUUUAAGAAAAUCAGGGGAAUUUUGUCUGGAGAAACAUCAAUUCAGUUGACCUUGCAGUUUCUCUACAGUCAUAAUAAAUCGGAUCUGCUUAUUCUGAAGACGAUUAAGCAAUCCGUUGAGAUGAGAAAUAGUGUUUGCCACAGUGCGACCAUAUACGCUAAUGCAAUUAUGCAUGCUGGUACAACUGUGGACACUUUUCUGAGGGAAAAUUUGGAUUGGUUGAGCAGAGCCACCAAUUGGGCUAAAUUUAGUGCUACCGCAGGCCUAGGUGUUAUUCACAGAGGCCACUUGCAGCAGGGGAGGUCAUUAAUGGCUCCUUACUUACCUCAAGGAGGGGCUGGUGGUGGAGGCAGUCCAUACUCUGAGGGUGGUGCCCUCUAUGCGCUCGGUCUCAUUCACGCAAACCACGGAGAGGGCAUCAAGCAAUUCUUGCGCGAUAGCCUGCGCAGUACUAAUGUGGAGGUCAUACAACACGGAGCAUGUUUAGGUCUUGGAUUGGCUGCUCUGGGAACCGCUGAUGAGGAUAUAUAUGAUGACAUCAAAAGUGUCCUAUAUACGGACAGUGCUGUCGCUGGCGAAGCUGCAGGUAUCAGUAUGGGUUUGCUCAUGGUGGGAACUGCAAGUGAGAAGGCGAGUGAGAUGCUUGCCUAUGCCCAUGAGACUCAACAUGAGAAGAUCAUUAGGGGAUUAGCAUUAGGUAUCGCCCUCAUGGUUUAUGGAAGGGAAGAAGAAGCAGAUACGCUAAUCGAGCAAAUGACUCGUGAUCAGGAUCCUAUUCUUCGUUAUGGUGGUAUGUAUGCACUGGCCCUGGCAUACAGGGGUACAGCAAAUAACAAAGCCAUCCGUCAACUGCUACACUUUGCCGUCUCAGACGUGAGUGACGACGUCAGGAGGACUGCCGUUCUAGCACUUGGAUUUGUGCUUUACUCAGAGCCAGAACAGACUCCCAGAAUUGUUUCACUGCUGUCUGAAUCUUAUAAUCCACAUGUUCGAUAUGGUGCGGCUCUUGCUGUGGGCAUAUCCUGUGCGGGGACUGGCUUAAGUGAGGCUAUAUCUUUGCUGGAGCCUCUGACAUCAGAUGUCGUUGAUUUUGUUCGUCAAGGUGCCCUCAUUGCCAUGGCCAUGGUCAUGGCCCAGACAAGUGAAGCAAGUGAUUCUCGUGUUGGAGCUUUCAGGCGGCAAUUGGAAAAAAUUAUAUUGGAUAAGCAUGAAGAUACCAUGAGCAAGAUGGGAGCUAUUUUGGCCUCUGGAAUUCUUGAUGCUGGUGGAAGGAAUGUUACUAUUAGGUUGCUUUCUAAGACAAAGCACGAUAAAGUAACUGCAGUUGUUGGACUUGCCGUGUUUAGCCAGUUUUGGUAUUGGUAUCCCCUUAUCUAUUUCAUUAGCCUGGCAUUUUCUCCUACAGCAUUUCUUGGACUGAAUUAUGACCUCAAAGUUCCAAGGUUUGAGUUUUUAUCACAUGCAAAACCUUCACUUUUUGAAUAUCCAAAACCUACUACCGUGCCCACAACUACUUCUGCUGUAAAGCUACCAACUGCAGUCUUAUCAACGUCAGCCAAGGCCAAAUCUAGGGCUAAGAAAGAAGCUGAGCAAAAAGCCAAUGCUGAAAAAUCAUCUGGGUCUGGGGCAGAGGCAAGUUCUGCUGGUUCAAAUGCUGGGAAAGGAAAAUCAGUUAGUGACAAGGACGGAGAUUCUAUGCAGGUCGAUAGUCCCCAAGAAAAGAAAGUUGAGCCCGAGCCUUCAUUCGAAAUACUGACCAACCCUGCUCGGGUUGUACCUGCCCAAGAGAAAUUUAUUAAAUUCCUUGAGGAAAGCAGAUAUGUGCCUGUGAAGUUGACUCCCUCAGGGUUUGUUCUUUUGAGAGACUUGCGGCCGACAGAACCCGAGGUCUUCUCUCUGACUGAUUCACCAUCUUCUGCUGCAACAAAUACCGGUGGAUCUGCAACGGGACAGCAGGCCCCUUCUUCAGCCAUGGCUGUUGAUGAAGAGCCACAGCCGCCUCAGCCUUUCGAGUACACCUCAUGAUUGCAAUGUUGAUUUAUAUCUUUGCUUGGUGAUUGGCUUGCUUUUGAUGGAGAUAGCAGCCUUGCAAUUUAAUGCUCGAACUGGAGGUAAACUGGCUUCUGAUUCUGGGUCUGUAUACGUUGAGCCAUAUCUCCUUGCAAGGUGUCCAACGUCUUUGAUCAAUCUCCGUUGGUCCUGGCAAAUUUGUGGCUUUAUGCUUUGUAGCAAAGACCCCAAUAGAAAGAAAAUGGGUGGAUUUCAACUGUUUUUACUUGGGGAGAGGGGACUGGACAUUGAAGUCAAGUCUUAAAAGCAGACUCUGUUUAGUUCAUUUUCUGGCUCCCUGUGAGCAUUCACAAGACAUUUGCCGGAACCGUGGGGAGCUUCCUGUAUGAGCUGAAGCUCUAAGCACAAUCGCAGAACAUGAAAUUUGCCAAACCUUUACUGCUUCCAAGUUAUGUAG